CAUAUAGUUUUGAUAUGGCGACCUCGGGAAAGAUUUCGGAGUCUUCGGAAAAGACCAGCAAAAAGACCCAAAAUGAAGCAGGAUCAUCAAGCCUAUUUGCGAUGUACACAUAUCAUGCCAACAGACCAAAUAACAACCAGGACCUCGGUCCAGAUGGAGAUAGAGAUCCAAGGAAAACUUCUGUACCUGAUUUUCUCCAGCGGGAGGCAACUUCUAACAGAGAUUUCAGUCUAUCGGUGAUAGCGACAGAUUUGAAUGCUGAGGAUGAGACAGACCUCCGAGAGUUCAUAGCAAGAAGACUAUCAAGGGGGACGGUCUAUGGUGGAUCGGGAAACGUCAACACAGUCGACAUCGGAAGUCGUGUGAUGGCAUGCUACUACUGCUUGCUUCGUCAGGGUGGAACCCAACCAGGUAUUGAGAGAGAGAUAGAGAGUGCCAUGGAUUCUAACUCGUUCUACACCUCUCAGGAAUGUGUCAUCUGCUUCCUCAGUUCACCUACCAGUGCUCUUGAACUAUUCCGACCAGAAUUAGAUUUGAUUAGCGAGGGAGUACUACCACUUCUUGAACAGAAGGGAGGUGAUUCCGCCGAGAUUCAGAAUCAUUUAGAGGACUGGUACGACCAAGCAUCAGGUUACGUAUGUCGCUGUGUUGAGACACUCAAGGAAGACGUGGCUUACCUCAUCAAUGCUGCGUUGCUUGAGAUCCGUAUGGAAGUAGUAGGUACUGAGACUGCAGUGAAGCAAGAUGUAGAAAGGUUCAUGAAAGCGUGUAGUCUAUCGGACCUCUUACAGUCAUCGCAAGAGAGCUCGUCACAGGUCCCUUCCGAUCCUAUCCUCAUCGAUAUCGAUGAAGCAGGCAACGCACAAGCCAACGUCAGAUCGCCAUCCAGGGGACCAUCGAAGAGUCGGCUGGUCUUUGAGGGUGAUUCGUACCGUUUUGAAAACGCAGAGAAAUCCUGGUUUUGUGAGGAGUGGUCGAGUACAAUGUUGAAAGGAGGCGACUCCCUCAACCCGGCAUUCCUUCGUCAGGUUAUAGAAGACUACAAGCUACACACCAUACAAGACCUGAAUACUCUCAAGAGACUCAUCCGACAAGCAGAGACAGACCACUACGCCCUCUAUAGAGCGUAUGCUUUCCUACGAGACUGUGGCUGUGGGGCCAUUUUAUUACGUCACAUCUGGAAGGAUGAAAACACGAUAUCGGCCAAGGACACUCAGAACGUCCUCAAUGUUUUGGAGGAAUUCAUCUCGGAGACCGACAGCUCCAAUCUUGCCGCUUGAACGACCGGUGCUCAUGUACAAAUGCAUUAGUAUUUAUUUACUUUUAAUGUAGAAAGAGGACUUAUGGAUGUUGUCAUUUAUCCUUUUAGACCAAUCCAUCAGGGUGGUAUUGUUUUGCCCGAAGCAGUUGUCGCAGGAGCAAAUGUUGUCUUAUCGUUUUGCCACACAAAUUUGCAAUUGUUCGUUCACCAUGGUAUGAAUGUGAUAAUAAUGAUAGUAGCUGAGUUUAUAUAGUGGUUUUUGACAGAGGAUACAUAGCGCAGCUAUUUUUUCCCAGCUUUAGCUUGAGCUUUCACUGUAUUAGCAGUGCUCAGUGAAUUCAAGGGAUUUAUCCCACCGGGUACCCAUUCACCUCACCCGGGUCUAGUGCAGCACAAUGAGGAUUAACUCUUUGUUUGCUAGGCUAUGAAGCCCUCUGUACCAAAUUGCUUUCAGGAAGGGAAACAAUGCAUUGUUUGUUUAAGAUCGUGUGGCACCGAGUGUGCAUUGAUGCAAGGUACGCGUGAAAAGGGUUAGUGUCGAGACUUUCCAUUAGGGCACGGGUGACUCCUGACAAAAAGCUGUAUGAAAUUUUAAAUUGUAAUAUUUAUUAAUUUUUGGAGGGGGGGUAUUCUGACAUAACAUGACUAUUUUGUGAAAAAUAGAAAUAGUUUUAGGGAGAGAAGGCUUCCAGAAAAGGCUUUGUUUGACCUUUUAUUGUUAGAAAUUUUUGCCCCUCCUGGUAGACCCCGGGGGAGAUGCAUGGAAUACGGCCCAAUUGUUUCAUAUGGCCUAAUGCUCUUCUUUUAAUCACUUAAACAUUUAUUUUUCAUAAUUUGUGAAUCAGGAAUCAUGUAUCCCUGGGCCCCGUCUUACAAAGAGUUGCCAUUGAUUCGAUCAACCACCACUGUGGAUGGCCAGCAACGCCAACAUCUUGAAUGCAUGUGUGUUAAAAAUAAUUUCUAGAUAUGAUGUAUAGCUCAUAAAUUCAUUGUUUUCUUGAUAGUUUGGUGUGUUACCUUUAAUUACAAAGGACAUUGUGCAAAUUUCCAAAAGAAAUAAUUAUGACAUUGGUGGAUUUCUAUAUACUUGAGGUCGAUCGGAUCGGUCGUAACUCUUUGUAAGACGGGGACCAGAAUCUUGCAUCUCUCUAUACUGGACUUGGUCUAUAACAUGAUCAGGGGUCCAUUUCAGAAAGAGUUGCGUUUAAACGCAAGUCAAAAUAUCAGAAGUC